AGCACCGCGCCCCCCACAUAUGACACGGACGAUCCACACCCAUCUCACUCAGUCCCCGACACCAACACGAACUUCCAUACUUCCAUUCGACUUCGCAGAGCCUCUCUCUUUUGUGUUCAAUAAGAGCUUCAUUCACACUCCUUUCAGCUGGUACUACAGUAACGCCACUACUUCCUUUCCUUCGAAACGUUUGAGAACCAUCAGCCGCCGAGGUCGAUCCUACGUCUUAUUCGAACGGGUAUUCUCCAUCCCAGCAUAAGAAAACCCCUACAGCGACUUCCGCGCCUCUUCCUUUCAUGGCUGGCUCUCUGCCGCGGCUGAAGACAGAUUCAUUCUCAAGAUAAUAUCGGGGCGCCAAAAGGGUUUCCUCGGGCUAUUCGGGUCCCAGAUACUUGACUUGGAGCAGCAAACAUGGCUUAUGACCAAGGAUAUUAUCAACCCCCUCAACGCCCAUAUAACGGCAGAGCUGAUACUAGAGGUGCUCCGCGUCCUGGACCACCUCAAGGAUAUAAUCAGGCUCCGCCGCCCCAACAACAGUAUCCCCCACAGCAAUACGACCAGUAUGCUCAGGACGGCUAUGGAUACGAAGGCUACGAUAAUGGAGGCUAUGCGCAAGAGUACGAUGGGUAUUACGAUAAUAACAUGAAUGGAGGUGGACGAGGCAAUGGUUACCCUCCACAAGACCGUGGUUAUGCUCCACAGCAAGACUAUUACGAUGAUGUGGGGAGGGGCGCGAUGCCACCGCCCAGAGGAGGCGGAAGAGGUGGACCAAUGCAAAGACCGCCGACAGCUGACAGCGCACGAAGUGGAUAUGAUCAGAGAGGUGGAGGCCAGGGCAGAGGAUAUCCAAAUGGUGGUCCCGUCGGUAGAGGAGGUAGACCCGCGCCUUUGGAGAGAGCGGCUACUUCUGAUCCUGGGGCAAGAGGACAAGGUCAGCAACCUCGAAAACCGUUGAAGACCCCGCCAUUGUCCCCUGACACAGCUGCUUGGGACAAUCCAUUCCCCACAUUUCCUGGUGCCAAGAAGAAGACCUCAGUAUCUGAAGAACAGCAAAUUUUGCAAAAGAUGGCAGCUAUGGAGGUUGGAGGUCCGCCCCAACAGCCUCGAGGGAAAGGUGGGAAGGGCAGUCAAGGGUAUAAUGGACGAGGAGUUCCCACAGACGAUUAUGGUCGACCUUCAUUAGACAGUCAGAGGAGAGCGCCAGAAGACUAUGGACGAGGUUCAAUUGAUAGUCAGAGAAACAUGCCAGCGAGAAAGUACCCACCUCAAGGACCACCCCAGCAAGGCUACCCGGAGCAACGCAGAGGUGCACCUGGACCAAAUUCAGGCUACGGACCGCCUCGACAGAAUGGCUAUGGAGCCGAGCCUGGCUUCAACGACAGAGGCGCAUAUCCAGGUCCGGCCUCACCGGCAAGAGAGAAUUUUGGACCUCCCAGCAGAAGUAUGACAAUGCCGAAUGAAGCGCCAAUGCCAAUGGGACGAGCUCCUCCAAUGCCUGCUCCAAUGGAAGCUCCUGGCCAAAGUGCGCCGUACAAUGGACCUGUUGGACGUGGAAUGCCGCCUCGACCUUCAACUAGCUCUGGAAACCGUCAGCCUCCACAGCGACAAUAUCCAAAUCAGCCACCUAUGGAUCCAUACGCGAAUGGUAAUCGUGGACCACCACCUAAUCCGGGGUAUUCGCAUGGCCGUGGGGAGAGUGUUAGCGACUUUUACGAUUCGUACUAUGACGUUCCAGAUCCAAGGCAGCAAGUGACACCGCAAUCUGCAGAAACAGUAUUGCCCGACUUCGAUGCACUUGCCAAUAAGCCUGUGACUGGGAGGAGAGGAGGCUCCAUGGAUGAGCAUAUUCGACCUCCCAUGCCACAACCAACUGGAUAUCAGCAAGUCAAACCUGUUCAAGCUCACCCUGAUGGUCGUGGUAGAAUGGAAGCUCAAGCUGCUGUUUUUGAGAUGGCUGGUGAUGCGCCUCCUAAGCCAAAUGCAUAUCCUCAGCAAAAUUAUCCUGAUGACGGCUAUGACAAUCAGUACAACCAACCUCAGAUGGACCGACGUGGCCCUCAACAAGGAUAUGGAUCUUAUGAAGAGCCUCUUCCCGCACCAAACACUUUCCAACCGCCCCCACGGAGCGCAUCUGCAGCUCCAGAAGGUAGAGCUGGAUUGCCCAAUGGUCCAAAAGGUGGUUUCAGAGGCCUUCCUAACGGUCCAUGGCCAAACGGAGGCACCCCGAGAGCCAUGACUAUGCCUAGGCAAUCACCACAAGAUGGUUUACCUUCUCAUCCACCCCCUGUUCGUGCUGGUCUCAUACCUAAUACCGUCGCAAAUCAAGCUAUGAACAGACCUCCUCCAGUCCGUAAUUACAAUAAUGCCACACCUCAAACGCAAACCCAAGCCGCUCAGCAAGCACCUUCGCCUCAGCAACAACAAAUGCCCUCUCAGCAGUCCGUCCUAGCUGCUUCAGCACCUGCAGAGCCUGCUGCUCCACCAGUAACAACUGAAGAAAUCGAAAGACUCAGAACGAUGAUCAAAGCCAAUCCCAACGGAGAUCAAGCAACGCAAAUGAUAUUUGUCAAAAAGCUGGUUGAAGCUUCGGAAGUUCUCGCCCCCUUGAUUCAAGACCAACGAGCACGGAACAAAGCCCGAGAGAAGUACGUUAUGGACGCUCAUAAGAUGCUCAAGAAACUCGUUGCUGCGCAGAAUACAGAGGCUAUGUUCUACCUAGCAGACUGCUAUGGUCGCGGUGCUCUCGGUCUUGAAACGGAUAACAAGGAAGCAUUCACUCUAUACCAAUCAGCCGCUAAAGCUGGUCAUGCAGCAGCUGCAUAUCGGACAGCUGUUUGCUGUGAGCUAGGUAAUGACGAGGGCGGAGGAACUCGUAAAGACCCUUUGAAGGCAAUUCAAUGGUAUAAGCGUGCAGCUAUGCUAGGCGACACCCCAGCCAUGUACAAAAUGGGCAUGAUCCUUCUCAAAGGACUUCUCGGCCAGGCCAAGAACCCUAGAGAAGCAGUCGGAUGGCUCAAACGAGCGGCUGAACGCGCUGAUGCCGAGAACCCUCACGCUGUCCACGAAUUGGCUUUGCUGUACGAACAACCUCAGAGUGCUGACAACUCACUGGUUCGAGAUGAAGCUUACUCGUUCAAACUUUUCGUUGAGGCCGCCGAUCUUGGUUACAAGUUUUCUCAAUUCCGCCUGGGAGCAGCGUUCGAGUAUGGAUUGUUCAAUUGUCCAAUUGAUCCUAGACAAUCGAUCAUGUGGUAUUCUCGUGCUGCAGCUCAAGAGGAGCAUCAGUCUGAACUUGCUCUCUCUGGUUGGUACUUGACCGGUUCAGAAGGCGUGCUGCAACAGAGCGAUACAGAAGCCUAUCUCUGGGCACGAAAAGCUGCUAUGGCUGGCCUCGCAAAGGCGGAGUAUGCUAUGGGAUACUUUACUGAAGUUGGUAUUGGUGCCCCAGCUAAUUUGGAGGAUGCGAAGAGGUGGUAUUGGAGGGCUGCUGCUCAAAACUUCCCCAAAGCCAGAGAGCGUCUCGAGGAUCUAAAGCGCGGAGGAGCGAAAGCUGGUCCGAAGCGAGAACGCAUCUCGAGAUCUAAAGUCGGGAAGCAGAACGAAGGGGAAUGCUCUGUGAUGUGAUCUACACUCCUUUAGAUGAACAUGAUGUCUUGUACAAAGCGACGAAGAACCACGCACGAUACCACCUUAGGGCUGGUCCCAUAUUUUCCAGGAUAUGAUGGAUCAGAAGAAGUAGAGA